AUGGCGGCUCGCGCGCCUCACGGGAGUAACAAGGUGGCGGCUCGGCGCGCAUGCGCACUGCGGUCUCCGUGCAGGUGCUGCAGGAGUAGCAAGAUGGCUGCGCCCGUAGCGGCGUGGUUCCGCGCCUCGGCCUCGCUGCUCAGGGCUCGCGGUUCGUUCCCCGCUGCGGGGAGACGCGGCCGCUCCCUGGUCGACGCGUGCGUGCGCGGAACAGGCGCCUGGCUGAGCUCCCGGCGCCCGUACGUGGCCGCCCGUCCCGGCUCCACCGCGAGCGGCGGCGGCAGCGGCGGCGCCGCCGACCGCCUCUCGGAGGAGUUCCUGGCCCAGCAGCUGCGAGACUACGAGCUGGGACGGCGCCACCUUGCCAACAUGAUGGGCGAGGACGAGGAAUCCUUCACGCAGGAGCACAUCGACAAAGCGAUUGAAUAUCUCUUCCCCUCGGGGCUGUUCGAGAAGAAGGCCCGUCCCAUAAUGAAGCAUCCAGAGGAGAUAUUCCCCAAGCAAAAAGUCAUCCAGUGGGGAGAAGAUGGACGUCCAUUCCACUACCUCUUCUACACGGGGAAGCCCAACUACUACACCCUCAUGCACGACUUGUACUCCCAGCUGCUGCAGGUUGAGGCUGAGGAAGACAAGAUGAGGAGCAAAGGUUACACGUCCGGUGACGCUAAGCCUGUGGCCCUGCCGAGCAGCCGCUGGGUGACGCAAGAGGAGCUGGAGCAGUCGCUUAACGAGCAGCUCAGCGAGCAUGACUACGCGCGCUUCGUGCGGCUGGGCGAGCGAAUCGCGUCGCAGCCGUUCCCCACCGAGGCAGCGCGCGAGCAGCUGCUGCGCUUCCGCGUGGCGCUGCAGGUGCAGUCGCAGCAGCAGGAGAUCCCGGAGCGACGCGUGGACCAGGAGGGGCGCGCAUACAGCGAGGCGCUCGGCUUCCGGAAGAGGGCCCGGGCCAAGGUGACACUGUGGGAGAGCGGGUCGGGGAAAGUCACCGUCAACGGACUGGGACACGUCGACUACUUCCCCCAGCUGCAGGACCGAAUGCAGCUGAUGUUCCCGCUGCAAUUUGCGGGGCGUCUGGGCGCGCACGACGCGGAGUGCGAGGUGAGCGGUGUGGGCAGCUCGGCGCAGGCCGGCGCCGUGCGCCACGCCCUCGCCCUCGCGCUCACCACCUUCCUGGAGCCACACCUCAUCGAGGGCAUGCGCAGGGCCGGAUUGUUGACCAAGGACCAGAGAACGAAGGAGAGGAAGAAGCCGGGACAGGAAGGCGCUCGCCGCAAGUUCACAUGGAAGAAGCGCUAGCGCUGCCGCCUAGCGCUUGCCGCUAGCGCUUGCCGCUAGCGCUUGCCGCUAGCGCUUGCCGCUAGCGCUUGCCGCUAGCGCUGCCGCUAGCGCUGCCGACGCGCUCACAGAGACAGCUGGCGCCCACGGGGCCGGUCUCCACAGCUCCCGCAUUGCAGCCGCUCCCUGUUGCCACUUGCAACGUGCGUGAGGAUUUCUUCUUUUAACAGAGCCACGCACGUACAGCGUCAGCGGUCUUUGCCAAACGAUCCCAGUGCUGAGAAUGUAGCUGCCAAGUGGCUCGAUCGGGAUCGCACGCGGCAGCAGCGGGGGCACCCAUUGUCGUGGAAAAACGUGACAGGACCCUGCCGCUGAAGACUUGAACUCCCUGCGGCGCGGGUAAACAAACGUAAAAAUAAUAACUACAGGAAUUAUUUUAAUAAAAAGAAAAUCGAGCAUCAAC